AUGAGGCGGCUCAGGGUAGGAGCCCCAUCUGGGCUCUGCUGGGCGUGCGGCGGCUCCAUCCCAUAUAACGCGAGCUCUCAGAAGCGCACAUUCAUUGACCGAGAGCUCACAGGCGUCAUCCUCAAUAGUGGACGAAGUCGUCGUAGAAUCAAAGUCAGGCGUAGUGUCCCGGCGUUUGACCUGCCGCUCGUCGUGCUGGACCUUGACGCCGAGGACAGUCCGCAUGUACGCCCUUUCAACAAGAAGGAUGCCGCCGAGCAGACAGCCAAAUGGGCACACGAUCCCAUACUCCCUGAGGUUGAGAAGCGGGUUGACCAGCUGGAGGAGGCCAUAGUCAAAGACAGGGGCAAGAUGGACCGCAUGCUGGCAGCCCGUUACAGCCCCUACAAGAUAUCGGAUCUCGAUGUGCUUUCGGUCGCCCUGUGCGGCAGCGAUGGCGCUGUUUCUUCGCAGGUUGACCGCGCAGCUACCGCCGUGGAUCAGGGCAUCCCGGGGCGCAUCCCGGGGCGUGAUGUCCUGUUGGGGGGCAGGAACAAGGCCUUGAACGAAAACGGCAUACCACAACGCAUCCUAGCCGGUGAUGCAAACACGAUCAUCCGUUUCAUGCUACACCGUCAACGUCAGGCACCUGCCUCACCUGAGACUGCUUCGGCCAGCGUCGACGUGGACGCUCCCGAGGCUUUCGAAACGGCCGUCAAAGACUGCAAAAGCCUCAACCAGCUCAAAAGGCUGUGUGCGCAUGUCUUCGCACCGGGACACGAGGCCCUCACCCCGACCUCCAUGGACUGCAUUGCACGCUGGUUCACGGAUGGCAGGCUUAAGAAGACAUCGGGCGGGCAUAGAGAAGAUUCCCUCAAGUUCAUCAACAACCUCACAAUGAGACAGCUCUCGGGAAACACUAGUCUCAGCCCAGCUCUAUCGCGAGUUGGCUUGGCCCUGGCAGCCAAGAUGGCCUUGCUGCCCGCCAUCAUUCAGUAUCUGCACAUUUGCCUGUCACAGGGCUUCAUAGGCGGUUCCAUUCAAGACAAGCCAGCGACUCUGGGCGUGAUAAGUGAGGGCAUACUCCAAGCACUCGACCAGGGAGAUGGCUCGGCGAGGGGAACUCGUCCGGAGCUCUUCACCUUGUUGACCGGUCGGCCAUGUGCCGGCUCCACGGUGCAGCCGUCCUUGUUCGGAUCGAGCAUCAGAAGCACAGCAGAUGAUUAUGACACUCACCGCUUUUAUGUUCAGCUUCUCGGCCAGCUGGGUGCGCACAGGCUACUGUGGCACUCGUGGAAACAGAGCGCCGAGACAGAGAUGAGGCAGUACACACGGUUCUACUGCUGGGCGCUCACCCGCUGCGCCGAGGUGCUACGCGACGCCAAGAACGUCCCUGGGCUGGACACUACCACGGUCAGCGCAGAUCUGGAAAGGGACGCCGAACUUGAUCUGCAGGCUAUCGACGCACUGGAUGCAUAUCAUGCCUCGUCAACUUCCUCCGAGGAGCCCUACGCCUUCCGUUUCGGGAAUCCGUUUUUGCCAAUUGGCAAAGCAAUGCAAGCUCUCCAGAGCCCUGACAUACACCGAGCAGUGGCCCUGAUGAACGAUCUAAUCCCCAUUGCCGGUACCCCAUCAACCGAGGAGUAG